AACGCAAGGGAAAUGUCAACCAGCACGUUUGCAACCUCGGCCCGCGCGCUCCAGCACAUCAUUUCAACAGCCGGUGCCUCCCGCAGAGCGGCCACGAGCCCUCGCCGUCCGUCGUCUCUACGCUUCGCCGGCCGAGGAGGCGCGCCGCUGCAGGUCCCGAGCCUCCUUAUUAGGUCAUCCCGCUGCAAGCCGGACGUCUCAGCGGCGGUCGUCUACAGGGUGAAGCUGGUGACCCCGGGAGGGCGGGAGUACGAGCUGGAGGCGCCGGACGACGCCUACAUCCUCGACACGGCCGAGAGCGCCGGCAUAGAGCUGCCGUGCGCGUGCCGCGCCGGGGCGUGCUACAAAUGCGCCGGCAAGGUCGAGGCCGGCACGGUCCACCGGGCGGACGGGUCGCUCCUCCACGGCAGGCUGCAGGAGGAAGGCUACGUGCUCAUCUGCGUGUCGUGCCCCAGGUCCGACUGCGUCAUCCAUACCCACAAGGAGGAUGACCUUUGGUGAGAACCUCUGGCGAUACUUGAUUGCUGGGGCUUCCACAUGACAGCCUCUGGCGAUCGAUUGUCAGCUCGAUGCAUGUUGGCAUGUUGGUGCUUGAACCAGCAAAAAUAAUAAAAAGCUUUGCUGAGUAGCUUCCUCGCGAAGAAGAAGGAUAAAAGGCUGUGUUGUCUAGCUUCGUCGAUCUUUGGUUAAUAAUAUUGAAAAACA